GCGGGGGGCGUGUGCAGGCGGCGCAGCAAGCGGCUUGUUGUGCGCGCUGCGGAGCUGUUACCCUCCCGCUGCCCAGGCCCUGCCGGAGCCGCCGCCAGGUGUGGCUUCCAAGGAAGACUGCUCAGUAGGUUCAAAACUUGUGUGGUAGAACAGUGUCCAGUACAGAUGGCCAAGUUGGUUGUGUUUACCUCUGUGAUUUGAAUGGGUGACAUGUCAGCAAGUAUCACCAUGGCACUGAAGAAACAGGAGGAGCUCUUUGCAGAGGACUGAAACUUUCCUUUCGGCAGCCCAGGAAGACUCCUGAGAUAUUUUAUAGAAUGUCUAAUGGUUAUGAAGAUCACAUGGCUGAAGAUUGCAGGGAUGAUAUUGGUAGAACAAAUUUAAUCGUGAACUACCUCCCUCAAAACAUGACACAGGAUGAGUUACGGAGUCUGUUUAGCAGUAUUGGCGAAGUUGAAUCUGCUAAACUUAUUCGGGACAAAGUUGCAGGACACAGCUUAGGCUAUGGCUUUGUGAACUAUGUGAGUGCUAAAGAUGCUGAAAGAGCAAUAAACACACUGAAUGGCCUGAGACUUCAGUCAAAAACAAUCAAGGUGUCGUACGCUCGGCCAAGUUCUGAAGUUAUCAAAGAUGCUAACUUGUACAUUAGUGGACUACCAAGGACAAUGACACAAAAAGAUGUAGAAGACAUGUUUUCACGUUUUGGCCGCAUCAUCAACUCACGUGUACUCGUGGAUCAAACUACAGGUUUGUCCAGAGGAGUUGCUUUUAUCCGGUUUGACAAAAGGUCAGAAGCAGAAGAGGCAAUUACAAGUUUCAAUGGUCACAAACCCCCAGGUUCCUCUGAACCUAUUACUGUGAAGUUUGCAGCCAAUCCUAACCAGAACAAAAAUGUGGCACUGUUAUCACAGCUGUAUCAUUCACCAGCUAGACGAUUUGGAGGGCCAGUUCAUCACCAGGCUCAAAGAUUCAGGUUCUCUCCUAUGGGUGUAGAUCACAUGAGUGGGCUUUCUGGUGUAAAUGUUCCAGGAAACGCAUCUUCUGGCUGGUGUAUCUUCAUCUACAACCUUGGUCAAGAUGCUGAUGAGGGAAUCCUCUGGCAGAUGUUUGGCCCCUUUGGUGCGGUUACCAAUGUGAAAGUUAUUCGAGAUUUCAACACCAACAAGUGCAAAGGUUUUGGUUUUGUGACCAUGACAAACUAUGAAGAAGCUGCAAUGGCCAUAGCAAGUCUUAAUGGCUACCGCCUGGGGGACAAAAUCUUACAGGUUUCCUUCAAAACCAACAAGUCCCACAAAUAACUUGCUCGUGCUUUUUGUAUGGAAUAGAUAAUUGAGUGACAGAAGUUAAAACAUUUUUGUUAGUGUAAAACUCAUUUUGCGCCAAUUUUCACAAGUGUUUGUCUUAGUCUAAAUGAGAAGUGAAAAAGGUUUUUAUACUCUGGGAUGCAACUGACAUGUUCAAAUGUUUGAAAUCCCACAAUGUUAGACCAAUUUUAAGUUCCUUAAGUUAUUUCAUUUAAAAAUAUAUAUUAAAAAAAAAAAGUAAAAUCUUAAGUAGAUUGCAUUAACUAGACCCUCUGGAUGGUGGUAAAAUUGAAGCAUGCUUUCACUUAUGAGACUAACAUUUGUUCUAUUGAAUGUUGUCUGCAAAAACUGGAACUCUUUUUUAUUUUAAACUAUCAAGCGGAUGCUGUUAGUAUGGUCCUCCCCUCAGUCCCCAAUAGCCUGGUACAAAAUUUGAAAUACUUAUGUUGGCAGUACAUUGCUUUUUAAAGUAAUUUUCAUUGCUACAUCUAGUUGAGGAUUAGACUUCAUAACAUGAAGGUCUUGUAAGUAGUAGCAUGCCAGUGUAACUUUUAACACCAUUGAUGAGGUAAGUUGCACACUGAACAAUGGCCAAGUUGUCAAAUUAAAAGGUUUUACAAAAAAUUUUAAGCCCAGUUUUUCAUAGGAAUGGACCAAAGAGUUUCAGAGAAACUCAGAAGAUUUCAGAGUCAAAACUAAACUCCAAAAACAGUGUGAAUGUAUGUUUCUACUUCAUCUAACUGAAUCUCUUCUGUCCAAAUAUUUAAUGCAUGAUGCACUACUUACAGGUACAUUGUAAUGCAGCAAGAUAAUUAUUCAGUUUCAAAGAUCAUUAUAGUUUGAAUUCCUAAGGAUAGUUCCAUUUUGUAAAAACAGUUAUAAACAUUUGAGCAUUGUAUUUCUCGCAUCCCUUCUAACGAGUGCUAGAUUUUUCUAUUUUAAUAGGAUUUUGUUUUGACAACUAGCUUUACUUAUUGAACACUCAGCAGAAAAGUACUUGCAAGUUAGAUAUUAACAAAAAAACUGAUUGUAGAUUGAAAGAUUAAUCCCCCAAGUUUUCUGCAGACUGCCUUGAAACUUUGAGUUGUUCUGUUUCUGUUAAUUUUCUUUUGCUUUUUUGUGUUUUUUGUUUGUUUGUUUUUACUUUUGCAUUUAAGACCAUUAAAUUUGAUUUUGUUUUGCUCGAAUUUUGUUUUGUUUUUUAUUUUAUAUUAUUUUUUUUGCCAAGUAUUGCACAAAGUGUCCAAUAUUAAAAGAAUAUUGCUUUAAAGUACUAUAGGUCUUCAUUAAAAUUAAAAUCCAUUAAUCUGUCCUUUUGACAGAUCAGUAGGGGAAAAUAUUUGUGUGAAAACAAAAGCAUUAUAAUAAAUCUGUCGCAUAGGAAGUAUGUGCCAGACACUGAGUUAAACACACAUUUGUUGCUUUGUAGACAGACUGAACAAUAUUUCUUAUCAAAAAUGUGCUAUGUAAGGUAUGUAGGUACAUAGCUAGUGUGAAUGAGCAGGGACUUCACCUGACAAACUAUUGCAAGAAUUUUAUCUGUGUUCUAUCACCAGAGUUCAGAGGAAAUGCAGAAAUUGGGACAACUUGUCAGCAAUUAUCUUUUGAGUGAACCUGUGCCAAUCCCCAAGAACUAAUGAGUAGUCACUUCAGAUUCUGGGGACAGUCCCAUGCAGAAUUGUUUUUGUUUGUAUGGUGCCCAAACAUUGGCUCUUUAAGAUCCUAUCUUGCAUCACAACUAUGAUUUCUCUUUUUUCAGGUUCAGGACCUCCAGUCCUGUGCUGCCGCUGGAAUUUUGUGCUCUCCUUUCCUGUGCUUCAUUGUUUGGUUCUGUACUCAUUCUUCAGUCAGAUGUUGGCCUCUCCUUUAAUCUUCAGUAUGCACUUUUUGCUGUCAGCAGCCAGUCAUUUACCGCUCUGAUGAUUGGCUCAUUUGUGGUUGUACACAGCUUCUCUCUGCUGGCUCCAGAAGAGCCCAGCGAGAGCAGAGCUCUUUUCCAAGAUCUCCAGCAAUGUUGAGUGAGCUGCCUUAGCUCCAGUGCAGUAUAUUAAAGUGCUUUCUGCUGCCUAAUGUAUGCUGCCUUUCCCUUUUUUGCCAUUCCCGUUUACUCCAUGCCCCAAGCCUUUGAGAAGCACAGUCAGCAUCAGGCAGUUGUAGCAUAAUGUCCUCCAAAACCAGCAGCUGCCACCAGGUAAAAGGUAGACAGUGGGUCCUUUUAUGAGCUCCUAGUUGGACAGGCUGUCAUUUCCAGUGCUUCCUCUCCAUCUCUCAUGUUUGCUUCUAAUGAGUCGUUCUUUUCCUGUAUUCUGUGGCUAGAUACUAGUUUUGGGGGGUUCAGCAGCUAUAUCAGGGUUGCUUUACCCAUAUCUCCAUGUUAGAUUUAGGGUUAUUAUUAUUUAAAUAAAGUCCUCUUACAGUGUCCCAUCAACUCUCUUACCAGUCCACGAGAGUGCAUCUUUAAAGAUCCAAGAACCUUCCUUGUAGUUCCCUCCAUCUCAUGGCUCAUUAAGAAACAUUUUAGUGGGAGUAGGGCUACUGCUGUAAAGGGCAUGGUAGAUAAUUGCACAGACCAAUCUUUAAAAUGAGGCAAUGCCUUUGUGGUAUUAAACACUUAAAGUUGCUCUGGCCCAUGCAGCCACAUCAAAAACUUCACUGUUGUGAGCUUGCCAAACCUUGCUCUUCAAGCAGAGUAAUGACAACUUUGCGAUAUCCUCGAAGACUUUGAUAUUGCUCUCCUUUGUUGGCUGCUUCGUGCAACAUUACUGAUUUUUUUCUUCCCGAUACACCUCUGCUCUGUAAGACUGAGACACAACAUCCUGGUUUCACACUUGGGGAUGCAGAUUCUGUUUCUAGAACCCAUCUGAUCCAAGUUUCCUUUAGCAAUUUUGGGGGAAACCUUAAUCUGUCAAUGAGGCCAGUCACCUGAGCAAACUACCAUUCAGCUAGGCAGGAGAAAAUCAGGAGAAGGUACAUUCAUUUAAUUCCUCAGGGGAUAAUGCUAGACAGAAAGCUACAAAUCUCCCUUUCAGGUCUUGGGGCCACUUUAUAUCUGGCCAGAGAGUGUGCUCAAAGUCCUUUUUUGUCACUGUCCCUAACAACUUCAAUCUGACUCCCCAGGUGGAGAGAAAUUUGGGAAUGUGUUCACAUUACUUAUUGAUAACUAACUAGAUGGGUAGUUCUGACCCAUACCAGACCUGCUUUCUUUCAAUCCCUCUGUUUCCAUCCUGAAUCCUGCAGUCUUUACACUCUCAAUUCUAACAAGAGAAAUCCAAUGAUUUCUUCUGCCUGGUGAUUUAGAAUUGUGCCUGCCUUGGUGUGCCUAGUCAUCCAGCAUACCACACAUUUCCAUUUCUACUUGGACCAUCACCACUUCCAGCAUUGUAGUUGUACUUUUUGGUCUCUUAGCCCUCAGGGAGUGUACAGAAAUCAUAACCAUCAUCAUACCCAUCCCCAAGACAGAGGGCAUCCACAGAUUUUAUUAUUUGGAUGACCAACUAAUGCAGAUACCUUUCAGAUGGCACAUCUGUGCUUCCAUUUGCUUUUGUCUGUUUUCCAUGAUUCUGGCUUCAAGAACUUCCCUAUUCCUUCUCAAAACCUUGUUAAUGUAGGGGCCUAUUUUCACACCAGCGGCAUGGUACAUUUCUCAUCAGACACAGAAGGCAAGUAAGAUAAAGGAAACUGUCAGUCAUACCUGGUGAACCAAUUUAUCCUGAUCAAUCCCUAUAGCAGGCACACUGCAAUGAGCAGCACUACGUCUGAGAUAGUUGGAAAGACUCCCUGGGCUCCUUAAUUUACGUUCUCUCCAGGUCCAGACAUCACUCCGGCAAUGUUGCAUAAGAAAUCCCUAUUGAAGGACAAUUUGCUAUUAGAGUUAUCUGUUUCCAGGAUAAUUCUAUCACCAGAAUUACAAGGUUUCGAAGGAUGGAAUGUGCACUUGGGUCACAGACUGUAUCAAGGGUUCUGGUCCAAAGAAUCUAAACAUCAUGCAAUGAAGGACAAUAGGUCUGGAGGGCACAGGGUUUUCUUCAUUAUGUCUACUCAACAGCCAUUCUGAUUGAAUGCGAAAACAGAAUCUUUGCAGUUUAUAUUAUCUCCAAAAAUGAGCCCAUUUUUAAUUCAUAUCCACCUAUGUUCAGGGCAACCUGCAUACUCAAAGGGACUGGCAAGUGAGAACAUCAGUAGAAGAAAUCAGUGCUAUGACAGACGUUUUUUAUGUCCGUCUGCCUGCUUCAUUUAACAAUAUUCAGCUACCUCCACCCGUCCCCAAACACAGAGGUUCCCGGGUUUUGGAAGUUGGAUUCCUUUUCCUAUUGAUCAAGCAUAUAGUUGUUUGUCUUUGCUCCCGUAACGCCCUUUUGACUGUUUGGAUACUGUGACACGGAUGAUCCUUGAGAACUUUGAGUACUCAGCUGAUAGAAAUUGUACAGAGGGCAUGGAAAAACUAUCCUCAGAAUUGGAUGACUGGUCUUACUGUUUACAUUAAUGCUUUCCCAUAGAUGUGUACACUUCUCUUCAUGCUACUCUGUCAUUCAUCCUGGAAUUUCGGUUGGAUGGGAACCUUUGCCAAUCUGGCAUCAUUCCUUCUGUUUACCUGUUCUUUGUUUUUGUUCAUCUUUCCAAGCAUUUCCUGGGGCUGUUGCUCCAAGCAGGCUCUUAUAGGACCAGAGUUUGGAUACUAACCACAUUAGAAGCAGUCCUGUGCAGACAGAAUUUGAUAUAGGCAUGGCUAACUGGCAGUUCUUGCAUGACUGGUGGAGUUUCACUCUUAAGAUGAGACAGUUUUAUAGGUAAGGCAAAACUAUCCUAGUUAUUACCAUGGAAUGACUUCUAAAACUCCAUUAAAAUGUUCUGGGCUUUAGCUGUUGUUAAGACAUAUUUUUUUUAAAGUAUUAGAUUAAAUAUUUUAAUCUGGUAAAAUUCAAUGUUUUCAAAAGAAUUCAAAUGAAUUGAAAAAGUAUUCAGAAACUGGCUUUUUCCAGUCCAUCUUACUUAUAUUAAUAUAAUAUAAGUAAUAUUUCUUAAACCCUCCAACAAUCCAUUUUAUGUUUGCUUCACAAGAUCCCAUUGUGGAUGGAAUUCACCCUUGUGUAGAAGAAGGGUUAACAACAAGGCUUGAGUGCCACUUUAGCCUUCAGUAUAGGCUUGUGUUGGUCAUUAGCACAGGGGGAAUUUCACUUUUAAAAAAAAAAAAAACCCACAUAAAAUUAUAGUUCUGCUAUGUGCUUUUGUACAAGAUGCAAAGAUAAAUACAACUUUCACAUGAGUUGGCAGCAACAAAAUAAUACCGAGAAUCAUGAAAGCUAUGAACUGAGAUGAAGUAAAGCAACUUUUCUUAGUGUUUUUAGUCUGUUCCAAAUACAUUGAUCCCCUCCAUUCUCCUAUUUGUAAACUGUUCCCAUGCGCUAAAGUGAGCAGGGGGGGUAUCUUUAUCCUUGAAGCUGUUACAUCAUAAGAUAUUUGGUUCAUUUAGGAUCCUGUGCCCCCACUCUGCUAUGAGGUGGAAUGAGGGGUGGAACUGAGCCAAAACAGUCCUGCUGCCUCCUGCCCUGAGCCUUUGGCAACCACUCCUCUUCAGUUCUUUGGUUUGGAACUGUGAAUGAUUUCAAGAUCAUGCUGGGAAUGGAAGGGAAAGAAGAGGAGGCACCACUCUCCAGGGCAAUAUCCCCUCAGUGAUGUGUGUCUAAACUUUUUUCUUUCCCCUGGGUUGUUUUUGUUUUUUUCUAGUGCAUCUGCAUCAUGAUAGUAUCAGAAAACACACUGAUAGUAUUGAGGUAUUCAAGUCCUUGGAAUAGAUUAUGAAUUUCUCACUGCAGUUACUUGUAGAUGGUCAGUAUAUGGUCAUUUACUUCAUUGCAAGUGACCAAAUGGGUUUGAAUACCUUUACUCCUAACGGUUUGUAAGUCAGGUGUUUUUAACAUUGUUUUUAUAGGAGCAUGCAAAGUUGUAGCAAUGUUACUUUUACAAAGCAAUUCAAAGUUUGGGGAAAAGAUACUGUAGCUAUUACUAUCGAGACAGCUUUCAGCAAUUGAAUUAAGCCUCAACUAAAAUAUCAGUCACUUUUUCCUAAAAAUGAAACUCAAUCUUUGUGAAUGCUAUAUUUCAAACAUGGAUAUUUCCCAGCCUCCUUAUAAGCAGUUACAUAAUUUUAUGUUGUUCUGGUUAGGCAAUAAAAUGGCGGUUCUUCAAAAAUUUCAGAAAAGGGUCUCAGCUUCAGUAUAUGCUAAACUGGAGUGAUUAAAGUUAAAUAUGUACAGUUUAUAAUUACAUAAUAUGUACUUCUAAUUAAUUUUAUAAGGAUGUCCCCAAAUGUACUCGAUUAGUUCUAACAAAAAUUUACUUAUUGGAAUUAGGACUUCUAAUAAUUACCUGCAAAAUGUUAUAUAGUUUGUGGAAACUUUUUUUUUUAAAAAAAUGCACAACUUUUUAAUGAAAUAUUGGUGAUGUCAUGGUUUUUCAUAAUCCUCAAAAGUAAAACACAGAACACCCUCCACAUAGGGCUUUCUGUCAUAAUACUACCUCUGAUAUAAGGUUACCAAAUUUUGACUUCCAAAAUGGGAAGUUUGUAUCAUUGUGGAGCAAGCACCUUAUUACACCAUUUCAGUUUUUUGAGGGGGCUCCAAACAAUUAGUUUUAGGGAGAAGGGACCAAAUUCAUGCCUACUAUGAACAGGCGCACACCUUUUUAAGUCAGUGGAGUUGCAUUAAUUUAGUCAAGGACCAAAUUUGUCACGUAGUGUGUACCACAUUUUCUUUAGUCUCUGUUUGUUGGCAGAAGAGUCUUCUGCUGUGCUGAAGGCAGGUUCCUUAACAUUAUGUCUGCACUUCCUGUUAAUACUGGGAGAUCCCAGCACCGUAGGAUCGGUAGAGGAAUAUAUUGAUCAAAAGGCUAAGCAUUGUGAUCUGUAGUAUAUGCUACUAGGUUUCCGCUACAUUAUGAAAAUACAUGGAUUUCAAAGAAAACACAAUCACCCCAUUUCCAUUUUUAAGUUGAGGUACUUGUGUAAUGCACAGCUUAGUGUGUCCAAGGUAUAACCGGUAGAAUUAAAAAUUGAAGUUCAACUUCUGUCUAAAUUUCUUAUCUUAGUUCUAAUCAGGUACAGCAUUAUUUUUUCUGUAUGCUUUUUUGUAUCAUUCAUAUGUAGUAAAAUAUAUUUAAUAAAAAGUUAGGUGUAUAUUUUUCCCUGUGCGUGAUAAAAACACAAUUGAUGUUAAAGCUUUUAUGAUCUCUAAAACAGAACACAAAGCAUCCAGUGAGUGGCUUUGCCUUUAAACCUUGUUGUUGCUUUGUUCAAUCUUGCUGCAAUUCUUUGAUGUAUAUCACACUUGGUAAACAAUUUACAAGGACAAUUUUAACUAGAAAUAUUUUUCUGUUGAGUGGAAUUUUCAACACUAAAUUCUUUUGUUCAUGAUGAUGGAAAUUCAGUAAUAGUGGAACAGCCACCUGAAAUCUUGAAAUAUUGCUACUGUGUUCACAUUUUAGAAACUUCAUUUUCAUAUUAGUUGUUGUUCUCUAUUUUUAAACAUUUUUAAACAACCUUUCAGUGAUAUAGCUAAACUUUUUCACUUGGUCAUUAAGAAGAAAAUGACUUGAGACAUUUGAAGCAUCAUAAGUUGGGAUAAACCUUUAUUUGACGAGUAAGUUUGAAUAAUAUUGUACUUCUAGUCUAUUUACUGAUUUCAUUUCCCUUAACUUAUGUAACCUUUUGUUUAUAAAGUAAUCUGUUUUGUGGGACAGAAGGCUUUAUCAAUUGUUUCCCAUACUGUACAGUAUAUCGUUAAUCAUUUUGUAUAUUAGUAUGUUUUUAAGUUAUUGAUUUGUUUUAUAUCAAAUAAUUUAUUUUUCAGGUACCAUUUUUCAUUUUAACUUUGUUUUUACAUGGGUUUAUUUAAAAUAAAGUAUGACACUGCUUUCCAAAUGUCUAAAAUG